CUGGCAUUAACAGUUUCAAGUCUUGGACAAGAUAACAUUGAGUGGACUAUUCCGUCAUUCCCUGUUCUGACGAUAGAAUUUGUAAAAGGAACUGUUUCUAUAACUGGUAGAAGGACAGGGUGGCCUGCGCUAUUCAAGCUGAUGACAGUGGACGGACAAAAUGUGGAGAUGAAAUCAUUGCUCAAAAAUGGUGUAACAUUGUGGUUGAAAACAUCACAUAUUUGGUCAUUUGGGAAUUUAGACGGUCUGAACCAGUAGAGCCGGAGGAUCAUUCAAUUGUUAAUGCUGAUGAUUCUGAUGAUUCAAAUGAGGAGAACGAUUCUUCAGAAAUUGAGCAUACUGUUCCUUUCAAAGUACUUGGUACUGCAUAUAAAGGACGACAAAUUAUCCUUAAAAAUGCAUACGAGUGUUUGGAAAAUAACAAAGAUGUACAAGCGCAGCUCCAACCAGAGCCUGAAAAUGAUUAUGACCAAAAUGCAAUAGCCGUAUUAAUAAACUGUGGUAGUGGUUGGAACAAAGUUGGUUACAUUGCCAAAGAGUUAACAAGUGACAUACACCCUAUCAUUGAAAGAAACAACAUCAAAGUAACUGUUGCACGCAUUCGCUUUAGAGUAAACUACUUGUUAGUUGGCUUUUAUGUAACCUUAAAUAUCACUAAAAAGGGACCCUGGAGCUCCAAAGUUGUCAGGGCCUCAAGAAAAGUCCAGUAA